AUGGGCACGUCUCGCCCUCGCAAGUUUCUGCUCGCCCUCGUCCUCGUGGCGUCUCUGAAUUUCCUCGCUGCUUUCGCGGCGCUCCCUCCGGAUGGGGAUUACGACAUCAACGAGCCCGCCGGUCUCAAGGAAUCAUACGACGCGCGCGCGCUCUUAGAGGCCGAAAGCGAGGCUGCAGUUGACUCCGUUGACUGGGUUGAAUCCGAUAACUCGGAGGAUCCGCGAAUUCUUGCGGAUGUGGCGGCGGACUUGAAGCAGCCAUCCGAGUCGGACGGCGCCAGAGGCAGCGCGAAGAAAUCGCCGCUCGAAGGGCAGGCGGGGACGAACGCGCGCGCGCCAGGGGACUCCGCGGCUUCACCCAAUGGCAAGUCCAGCGCCGCGGCGCCCAAGAAGGGGAAGCAGGGGACGAAGAGGCAAUGCGUGCGGCGGCGUAGCACCUUUGAGUCGAAUCAAAAGAAGGGGGCGGGAGCUGUCAGCACCUCGGGCGCCGACAGCAACUCGGGCGCAGCCCCCCAGCCGCGCGCGCUUCUCGGGGCCGAUAGCGAUGACUCCAUUGAUUGGAUUGACUCUGUUGACUUUGAGGACCCGCGUGUGCUCCGCACGAUGGCGGAUGCAGCGGUGGACUUGAAGCAGCCGUCGGACGAUCUCAGCGGCGCCAUGAAGGAUUCCCUGGGGCAGGCGGGGAGGAACGUGCGCAAUUCGGUUGACAAGAUGCUCCACACUCGCAAUUUCGCGCCCAAGGGGGGGAAGAAGCACCACGGCGGGAGGAAACCCACGAGGGGAAGCGCCCCUAAGCGCAACUCGGGCGCAGUCCUCAAGCCUCCCGCUGCUCCCGCUGUUGCCAAGCCGGGUAUUCCGACGAAGCUGCAGGGAGCAAAAUACAACUCGGGCGCAGCCCCCAACCUGCCUGGGGCUCCCGCUGCCGGCACGUCGGGAGCUGGGAAUAAGCCAGGGAAGGGCAACUCGGGCGCAGCCCCCAAGCUGCCCACUGCUCCCGCUGCUGGCAAGCCGGGCGGAGGCAUCAAGUCCGCCAAGUGGAGGGCCAAGUGGUUGAAUGAUAAGCCUCUAAUGAAGUAG